AAUGGCACAAAAUUGUUGUAAUAAACAGAAGACUCUGGAACCAACCAGGGCGGAAAAGAAGAGGAAAAAGAAAAACAAGUUUGACAAAAUUUAAACCGACUGUUUCUUUCUGUAGCACGUUCCAUGCCCAGAAACUUGACAAUUGCCAUAUCUUAAGAGGCAAGAACAUUCUGGAAAUACAACCUUUACCCUUUAUAAAACCACCCAGCUACCAUACCCCCUCCUCAUCAAGAGAAUAAACAAGCUAUCAGUAAUAUCGUGCAAACUAUUUCUGUGUAAUAUUCGUCUAUUCAAUCUGUUUUUUGGUGGGUGAUCGGAAAUAUGUCGGGGAAAGGUGAAGGACCGGCGAUUGGUAUUGAUUUAGGAACGACUUACUCAUGCGUCGGUGUUUGGCAGCAUGAUCGUGUGGAGAUCAUUGCUAAUGAUCAGGGAAACAGGACGACGCCGUCUUAUGUUGCUUUUACGGACACCGAGCGUCUUAUUGGGGAUGCCGCCAAGAAUCAGGUGGCCAUGAAUCCAACAAACACUGUUUUCGAUGCUAAGCGUUUAAUCGGGAGAAGAUUCUCUGAUCCAUCGGUGCAAAGUGACAUGAAGCAUUGGCCGUUUAAAGUCGUCCCGGGCGCCGGAGACAAACCCAUGAUUGUCGUCAACUACAAGGGCGAAGAGAAGCAAUUCUCUGCUGAAGAAAUCUCUUCCAUGGUUUUAAUCAAGAUGAAAGAAAUCGCUGAAGCCUACCUUGGCAUCACCAUCAAGAACGCGGUGGUCACUGUCCCUGCAUACUUCAACGACUCACAGCGACAAGCCACUAAGGACGCCGGUGUCAUCUCUGGUCUUAACGUCAUGAGAAUCAUCAACGAGCCAACUGCAGCCGCCAUUGCUUAUGGGCUCGACAAGAAGGCUGCCAGUGUUGGCGAGAAGAACGUGCUGAUCUUCGACUUGGGUGGUGGCACUUUUGAUGUCUCUCUCCUCACCAUUGAAGAGGCAUUUUCGAGGUGA